AUGACUAUUGAUAAUGAUCCAAACCUCAGGGGUGAUCUUGGGGCCGGUGGAACCCGUGUUGCAAACACUCUACAGGCGAGUGGCGAGACUGGAAGAAACUAUUCAGACUUUGAAGAUCCAUUGGCCAAACACAUCUUGACCCAAUACCCAAGCUCAAGCUCGUCCAACCAAUUCUUGUCAACUCCCAAUAUUGGCCCUCUGCAGUUGAGGGACCUACAGUCCGAUGUGGAAAAGAUUUUAAAUGACUAUUCAAGUACUCCUACACGAGAAAAGGAUGAUACCCCCGAGGUGUUCCGAGCAUUCAUCAAAUACCUGUGCCAAGAGGCCCGGACGAUCUUGAUGCAAGAAAUCAGGCAGUUUAGCGGAAAGAGUGAGUUGCGGCAACUCCGCAAUUUCCUCGUCGAUUCGAUAUUAAAGACUAUGCUGAUAGCCGGUGGCAAACAACCCAAGUCUCUUACACCAUCUCCCAUCGUGAUCCCAGGUCUAAUCGCGGAGGAAAACCAACUGACGUUGAGAAGCCACCAAACUGCUCUCAAAGGAGAAUGUUUAAAAAGAGACGACCAUGGCUGCGUUAUCACUGGUCACAUGGAAUAUGAUUCUUAUAAGAAGCUGCCACCAGAGCGUCGUAGAAAUCGGUAUACUUGCAAUACGGAAUGUGGGCAUAUAAUUCCCUUUGCUCUUAGGAUUUUCAAUCCCAAGUCUGCACAGGAGGCCGAGACUAAAGCUCAGAUUUGGCGGUCAAUUUACCGAUACUUCCCCUUUGUGGCAGAGAAAAUCAGCGCUGAAAACAUCAAUGCGCCCGAAAAUGCAAUGACCUUAUGGAUGGAUGCCCAUGAACAAUUUAUUUCACACCGUCUUGCCCUCGAGCCUACGAAUAUCGAGCACGAAUAUCGUGUCCAUGCUAUCGAAGAGCUGAGUAUCGUAACCCGAGAUUUACCGAAAUCCAUCAUCAUGAAACAAUGGGACCCGGAAGUCUUGAUGCCGGACCCCGACUUUCUCAAGUUCCAUUAUCAAGUUUCGAUGAUCCUGCAGGAAAGUGGUAUUCGAGAGAAAUAUGAAAGGACUGUGUGGGAGAAUAACAACAACUUAAUUGAUAAUAUUCAACCCGAUGGCUCGACAGACUUGGGAAAUAUAUUUUCAAACAAAAUGCUGACGAAUAUCUAG